AUGGCCAUACUUUUCAAGGGCGAUGCUAAAGCCCCGCUUUGCUAUCACAAUUCCUCUCAAUCCUUUCAUACAUGGGUCAACAAGAAUUUGAGCAGAUCAUACCCCUCUAGUGAAGUGAGGAACAACGCAGUGAAGUGGUCUGAUUGGUUUGAUAAGCUAUCUCCAAGAUAUGAGAAGCACUGGAAACAAGCUGGUAUUUAUGAUACUUUUGUCCAAACUCUCAUAAACAUGGAUAAGAACCUACUUGUUGCUGCCAUGUGCUUUUGGAAUUCUUCCACCAACACUUUUGAUUUCCGAGCCCCAUGGAAGGCCUGUGGAUUGAGAUUACCACAGAAAGAAGAAAGGUUUGACUCUAGGUGCAUUUUGGAUGAUAUGGGAGCAAUAUGUUUUCAAGAUCCGGUGAGCUCUAGGUUUAGUAAGGGGAGGAAUGGAUGGGUGAUGGUUGGUGAGGGAGGUGGUGACCCAUGA